AUAGGUACAUGUUUGUUGUAAGAUAGUCAUGUAUAUAUAUACUUUUAGCUUUGAAUGAAUGAAUCAGUGGACUGUAAAUAUCAAGUUGAUAAUAGACUUUCUUCUCUUAGAUGUAGAUAUUUUACAACUGCCAGCAAUUGUAACAAAUAAGUGAUAUUGAUCGUAGCAACCACAAAAUUCCAAAACUAAACGCCUUUAAUAAAAAAGUUCGUAUAAAUAAAUCGAAAAAACCUAAGCAUUGUCGUUAUAAAGGCAGCAGAGGUGAGUUACUCAGAGAGAGUGUAUUCAUUGUUAUGGGUAUAGCUGGCCUCGACUCUUAUACACGGGAAAAUGUCCCAAACGGAUACUUACAGAUUGACAUGGAGGUUGAAAUACGGAAACAUUUGGAAGCAGUAGCGGAAACAAGUCCAUCACCUACGCCAAUUAUUGUCAUCGACCUGAUCUCACUGUACACACCGCUGAGCAAAUACAAUGAAAUGGGUCUUCCAUUUGGAGGAAGAUUCAAUUUGGCAGAUUCUGUGGUGGAAGAAUUCAUUGAAAAGCUAAAAUUACUUGGCGUCGAUUUGGUGUUCUUCUGUAAAAGCCCAAUGCAGCAGGAAAAGAGCACGGAUUGGUGCAAAGUUCAAGAUAAUUGGUACUCGCUAAAUUUGAUCAUGUUUGAUGUGGUGGAUAGAGGAAUUGAGCUGGAUGAUUUCCUACGUCUGCAUUCAAAUAUGCUCAAUUUUCGAUACCCUCUGACGAAUGUCGCUAGAAGGCAUGGUCUAUUAAAAAUAGCUACAACUCGGGACUGUAAUAAAGAGCUGGCAACAUACGCAUCCGAAUCCGGCGCUCUGGCUAUCAUCUCCAACGAUUCAGAUUUUCUUGUCUUUGAGGGCCCCUGGCGGUAUUGGUCAUCCCAAGUGUUGGAGUUGUCUACGUUGAAAACCAUGGAAUACAAUCGACCAGCUUUGCUACGCCAUUUGAAGCUCACAUCUGAACAAAUGCCACUGUUCGCCACACUCUGUGGUAAUAAGAUUAUGCCAGCGCAGAUCGGUUGGAAGCUACAAAAGGAACUUGGGUGUUGCAGAAUAAGUGUGUCCAACAUAGCUAAAUUUGUACAUGAAUUCAAUGGUCCUUUAAAAAAUAUCGAUAUAAUUAUUCUGCAGAAAAUUUUGAAUGCUACCAAAUUAGAUGAGGGCUUUUUAAAACUUUUCCAACGAAGCUUGAUUUUCUAUAAUUUGGCCAUCAAUCCAAUAAUUGUUAAACCCAUGGGGGAUCCAGUUUUGGAAAUUCUCUCAAAAAAGGAUUCUCCAUUCUACUACCAUAUCUGGCAAGGAAUUCCUCUAGACGUAGCUAUUGGUAUUGUGGAUUUACGAAACCCAGGAUUCAAUUACAAGCAACUGUUGACAACACUUAUUCUCCGAAUGGCUGGCGUCAUUCUUUUCCACAAGAAGCCCCAGCGACCAACGAAAUGUCCGAUCAUCAUCAAAUUUAAUCACGCGAGUCGCCAUCAAGAAUAUAUGCUUCCAAUACAGUACCCAUCAGAUGUGAAACCACCAACAUUUAUAAAACUGUUGUCCGAGAAACCUUCAGUAAGCAAACGAAUCCAGAAUGAAAAAUUUCAACUUUUAGCGUGGAUCGCCUCCGACAACCUUCAGCCUGAUGAUCUGCUGCGGGUUCCAGAACUACUGCGUCUAACGGUGUACACAUUGUACUACCUGGUGGAGCAAACCGUUCUUGAACUAUUCGAGGCCGACCUACUCCUGCAGGUAGCCUACGAUGUGAUUUUCAAAACGUAUGAUCUUCACUCGGUCGAAUAUCCAACGACGAUCAAGGGACGCCCUUACCGGGUGGUUUUCUUGUUUCAAAAGGUAUACGCUUUCACGUCGAAAGCAUUCCGGCUGCUUGGUGGGCACGGCGAUGAUUAUCUGCUGAACAAUCUCCCGUUCGAUGGCGUUUUGUUUCACAGCCGGUACGAUGAAUGGAGCCGUGGUCAAUAUAACAUGGAUAAGAUAAGGAACUUUAGAAUCUAUGAGGAGUUGAAUGCUUCAGCUCCAAGCGAAGAGCCUGGUUGGCAUACGGUGAAGACGCGCAAGCGCAGAAAUUUGUGAAAUAAAUUUGAAAUUAAUUUAGCUAAUUUAGAUUGGUUUAAUGUGUUUUUGUAAGUUUACGGUCACAAAAUGUGAAAUAAAACCCACCGGUGAGCUUUUGUGCUUUUGAAGCAUUUA